AUGCCGCCUUAUUCCUACCCAACAUUUGAGGAAAUUGAAGCCAAAGAAUGGGCCUCCAACACGGUGAGCAACAUCCUGUCAGAUAUUUCGCCUGUAUCAUUCGAAGCAGACUUUUCGCAUUCAAAAAGGUCUCAAUUGGAAACUGAGUCAUAUCCUGUGGAUAAAAGCGUUUGCUAUGGUAAGAACAGCCAUUUGAGGCGAUCCUUUUCAUUUCUAGAGGGUAGUCUACUCUCCAACCUGCCAUCGCAGCAACAACAGCAACAACAGCAAGAGAAAGAGGCUAGGAACUCUCGUAGAUCACAGAGCACUAUUUUGCCAAGCACUCGUAUCAUCAGUGAUGUAUCCAAAUCAGCAAUGACACGAUCAGCACCUACGACACCAACAAACAAACUAUCGCCUCAGCCUUCCUUUUCAAGCCGCAUUAGACAUACUUGGCACAUGGAUCGUGCAUCAGUAAAGCAGCUAUUUAAUACAUCUGACAUUCAUGACAAUCACAAGAAAUCCUCCAAAGAACAAAGAGGCAUCACUAUUUGGCGAAAUACAUGCCAGGAAUACAUGCUGCAUCCUCCUCCAUCACUUCAAAUCGAGACCAAAGUACCCACCAAAAGAUCCAUGCAACUAUCCAAGUUUAUCAUGGGCGAAUUGCUCAGCACAGAAGAAACUUAUUUAAACCAUUUGCUCACUAUAAAAAAUUUUUACAUGGAUCCACUGCUUCAUGCUGCUAAAAGCCAUAAAUCACUUGUCAAUCUCAAAGACAUUGAAACCAUAUUUGCAUUCAUACCUAAACUGAUCAUCUUAUCUACCGCACUUGUCGAGCAACUGCACGACACCAUCACACCAUACCUAGACGACGAUUCACAGCUCAAUCAAGUCGCCGUGGGCAAGGCGUUCUGCAACCUGGAGUCUUAUUUCGACAUCUACAUUGCCUAUGCUGUCAACUUUUCUAAAUCAAGAAAAUGCCUCUCCAAGGCGAGCUCCAGCAUUGUGUACCGCCAAUUGGUGCAAGAUACAAUGAGAAAAAAAGAGACAAACCGAAUGGUUCUAUCAGACUACAUGAUUGCACCUAUUCAAAGAAUCACGCGUUAUUGCCUAUUAUUAACAGAUCUUCAAAAGCAUUCGAAUAGAUCUCAUCCUGAUUAUGUAUAUUUGGCUAAAUCACUCAAAACUCUCUCUGCACUUGCAUUUGCUAUGGAUACUAUACAACAAUAA